AUGGAAAUUUUAAACGGAAGCAUAAACAAAAUUUUACAUAAUAAGAAGAGAGAUACAUUUCUUUAUGAUAGUGAAAAGCCAUGUGACACUCUCUUCAGAAGGAGCAACGUAUCUUUUUACGAUGACCUACACACAGAAGCAGUGUUUUUACUAGACAAAGGAAGUCAGCAAAUAAACUUUAAGUUGAUUGAUGGAGACUGUGUACUAUACAGUGGAGGAAAGAAAACACAACACCGAAAAAAAAAGCAGGAAUUUGAAAAGAUUAACGCAGUUAUAAACAGCAUUGAUUAUUUAGAUUCAUUCAAACAUAAGGUCCAUAACAAUGCGUUUGAAAAAAUUGUAGAGCCGUUGGGAGCAUGUGUGCAGAACGGGAAGCAACAGAAUGAAAGAGAUAAAUCGAGUGAAAGUGUGUACAAGGAGAAAUUUAAUAUGCUGAAAAAAGAGUAUGAUGAUCUGAAGGAAAAUAUGGACACACGGAUAAACCUGGAACUGAUUAAGGCAGGUUUAUUUUACAACAAAGAAGAUAUACAAGACAUUUUUUAUUUGAUUAGAAAAUACCAGUCUGCUGUUAAAACAAAAAAAGAUAUUAUAAAUGUUCAAAAUGAUAUAAUAGAGACCGCUAUGGAACACAAUAAGUUAAACAGAAAUAAGCUGAUAGUUGACAGAAGAAAAAACAAACAACUGACAGAGAUGUGUAAAGCUUAUUCCGAACAGAACAAAAAUGCGCAAAUGAGAAUGACAAAGUUGAAGAACUCAUUUCUUGAAUACAAAAUGGUCUUGGAAAACAUUGUAUCAUGUUGUGAGAAAAUCGGGGGGGACAAAAUUAUUCUGAUGGACGGUAUAAAAUCAGCAAGAGCCCAGGCUGACUUGUCUAUAGCAACGGAUAUACUCAAUACGAUGAAAAUCCAGGAGCUAGAAAUGAACAUCUGUUACUGCGAGCAGCAAAUAAAUGAAGAUCUAGAUUUAAAGCUAGAAGAGCUGCAAAAUGAAAAGAAAGAAAGACAAGAAACUAGUAAAGAGACACUACGAUAUAAGGAGGAAUUAAAGAAGAACAACAAUUUUCUGAUAGAGUUGUUAGAAGACUAUCAUAGCAUGAUAACAAGCGUUGACAAGUUUCUUUAUAAGGAUGAAGAUAAAAAUAAUUUCAAAAUAGCUUUUACCGAAAAUAAGAAAAGGUACAAUAACCUUGUGAAAAAGGUAUCAGGGAAGAACGAUGAAAUAAGAAAAAAAGGAAAAGAACUAGUUUUAUCAAAUACCAAGAAAGGAAAUGAAUUAAAGAAACACAGAGAAUACUUAAAUGAACAAAUAAAUGAAAUCAAACAAAAGGAAGAAGAGGAAAAGAGAAAGAAACAGGACCAGGACAAUGAACGUAUGAUGAAGCAGAAGCAGAACAGUGAACAAGUGCUUAAACAGACUCAGGCGGAUGAGCAAGAAGGAAAUAUCAACAAGAAAAAGAUAGGAGAUCAUCAAAAUAAUACUGCCCCAGAUUUAGAGACUAGGACAAUAGCAAAAGUGAACAAGUGCAUGGAAGAAAAAGGCACUGAUAAAUUCAAUUUCGAAGACUGUGUAGAUAUUAUAUACAAAGUGAACCUGCCACUGACUCGGAGCAAAUUGAACGAAUUAAAGAGCAUGGGGGAAAUAAGUAGAGAAGAUCUUAUCGAUUUUAUUAAAACGAUUAUAAUAGAUGAAGAGGAAGCAUUUCAUAAUAUGGUAACUUUCUUUGAAAUUUGGGAUGUUCAGAAAACUGGGUUUAUGCAUAAGGACCUAAUACUGUCCAUCUUGAAACAGUUUGGAGAUAACUUAACGGAUGAAGAGGCAGACUACUUAGAACAAGAACUAAACCUGUCCAAGGAGUCUAAUGUAUCUUAUGUCAAUCUGUUGAAAACAUUGAUAUAUGGAAAGGAGUAG